GCGCCACAGCUCCGUUUGCUGGGCACCACGCGCGCAAGAAACAUUCUUUUUUUUAUCAUCUCUCACAUUCGUUAAAAAAGAAAAGAAAACCCCAGCACCAACACAACGAGGUUUUUCUCCGGUGGAAGUGACGCGUUGAACUGGACUUUGUCACAUCGUAACAAAGGAAAAAUCGUUCUAAAUACUUGUUCUUGCGCAGUGAAGGCUCCAAUUGAAUUUCGGAGCCGCUCAGUUGAAUUGUGGGGUUCACCGCAAGUUUUGGAUAAGCUAUUUGAUUUUGAGAAUACCGGGUCUAUGUACGGUCCGGGGCGUUUGUGUUGCCAUCAAAGGAGAAAAAGGUGCGAGAGCUGCCGCAAGGAGUCUAUGAACUCCGAGGAAGCUAAUGACGACGAUUGGAUUCAAUAUCAAUGCCAAUACUGAAGAGAUUAUUUUAUGCAUUUUUUUAGAUUUUUAUAUUUUUCGUUGGGUUUCUGUGAAGUUGUUGGGUUCAUAAUUUUUACGGGUCGUGUGGGUAUUUUUGGUUGAAACAUGCUGAGUGAGGAGAAGGAUCAGGAUAAUGGAAUCAACAUCAAGUUUGGGAGGGAUAAGGAUGGAAAGGGGGAGUACAGGGCCAUUUCUAAGAAGGAGAUUAGGAGGAGGGAGGAGCUCAAUGGAAAUGCCAAAGUCACAGUUAAGGAUGAGAGGGGAAAGGGUGAGCUGGUGCCACCAGACGGGGGCUGGGGCUGGCUCGUCCUGAUAGCAGCUGUAAUGGUCAAUGUCCUCAUACCAGGAACUAUUAAGUCCUUUGGAGUACUUUUUGUCGAGUUUCUCGAGGUCUUUGACGCAUCACCAGCAGCAGCAGCAUGGAUACCAGCCCUCUGCUACUUUCUCUACAGUUCGCUCGGUCCGCUGUCCAGUGUUCUGUCAGUGAAGUACUCGUACAGAACAGUGACCCUCAUCGGUGGAACCUUCGCUGCUGUUGGAAUGAUGCUCAGUUACUUCGCAAGUUCUGUUUUGUUCCUCUGUGUCAGUUAUGGAACCUUCGUGGGCAUUGGAGCUGGAUUAUCAUUUCCCCCCACCGUCUACAUCGUUACUUCGUACUUCCUGAGGCUCAGGGGUCUUGCUAAUGGUCUCUGCAUGUCUGGCAGCGCCUUGGGAUCCAUUUUUCUACCACCUUUGCUGGCUUAUCUGUUGAAUGAGUUUGGAUACAGAGGAGCAGUUUUAAUAAUGGGAGGAAUAACCUUGAACGUGUGGGCGAGUGCUCUCCUCUACGACCCCGUGGAGAAGCACAUGAAGUGGGUGCCCUCCACCUCCGAUCCCGACGACGAAGAGGAAGCAAGCGUCCCCAUCAACGUAACCUCCCCGGAACCCGAGAAGAAGGCCAACAAUACCCUCAUAAUCCCCAACACCGAGAAAUCGAAUCCAAUAGUUCCAAAGAGUGCAUCCAGCGUAGCCCUGGAGAACUACAGAAACACCCCGGCCCAGGGUAGAACCAGGAAGAUCAGUAUGCCCACAGGUCGCGAGAUAUCCUCCCAGAUGCACAGCACACCGGCCCUCCACGCUGUUCCAGAGAGGGGAAUAGCUAGGAGGCGACCAGCAGCUCGAUCCCCCAGCACAUCAUCCUUCAACUACAUCAGCACACCUUACCACGGCAGCACCUUGUCAGCUCUCAAUCCUGAGUACGCUUCGACCCUAACUCUAAAUGCAAUAUCGAAUACCUUCAGGAAAUCACCGGCGAAAACUGUCCAGAAGCCUAAGGAGGAGACCCCCAAGUUCUUCGACGUGAGUCUCCUCAAGGACCAAAUCUACCUCGUCAUCUUGAUAUCCAACAGCACGAAUGCAGUCAGCUACACAAACUUCGUGAUUCUCCUGCCUGUCUACGCCAUCAGCAUUGGUUUCGACAAGGCAGCCGCUGGAUACCUCCUCUCCCUCGUCUCCAUCUUCGAUCUUGUUGGGAGAAUCGGAGGGUCUGCCCUCUCAGACACUAAACUCAUCCCCAAGCACUGGUAUUUCGUUGGGGGACUGCUCGUCUCUGGUGUCUCACUGGCUAUUCUGCCCAUUGGGAAGAGCUAUGGGUACCUGUCCCUCUGGUGCUCUGUUUUUGGCCUGUCGUCGGGGAUUUAUGUGGGGGUCACUGCUGUUAUCAUGGCUGACAUGCUCGGGACUGAGAAGCUGACGUCUUCCUAUGGGAUCUCACUUUUCGUUAAUGGCUUGCUGCAGCUCGUGGGACCUCCCAUCUGCGGAAUUAUCUUCGAACAGAUCAGGGAUUAUGCACCGAUUUUCAGCUCUCUGGGGAUCAUUUUGGUGGCUGGGGCCUCACUCUGGGCUUUCAUGCCUUAUCUCAGGCGGAAGCAGAUGCUGGAGAAGGCGGGUAAUGGGGAAGUUUGCAAAGUUUGAGGGGUUUGAUUUCUUUGGGAAGUGAGGAGGAUCAAUUUUUUUGGGGGCUUUUUCGUGGGUUGAGAGAUAGCUGAAAAGAAAUGGUAAAGGUCUUCUGAUAUUUUCUGUUUAAGUCGUUCGUUGAGAAGGGAAGUGGAGAAUUGAUAAGUGGGUUGCAGAGAAAUCAGUUAUUCAUAUUCUCAGUGAAUGAUCUCGAUAAUGAGUCAUUUUAUGGGGAGUGUCUUUUCACGUUUUCUUACAAAAUCACUCGUUUUGGAGGUAAAUGGGUAAUUAGGAGAAACCAUCACAAAACUUUUGUUCGGAGAAUUUUUUUUGUGGGUUCAGAGAAUUGAGAAGAAAUGGUAAAUGUCUUCUGAUAUUUUCUAUUGAUGUCAUUCGUUGGAAAGGGAAACGGAAAAUUGAUAAGUGGGUUGCAGACAAAUCAGUCAUUCACAUUCUUAUUCAAUGAUCUCGAUAAUGAGUCAUUUUAGGAGAAAACAUCACAAAACUUUUGUUUUAGAGAAUUUUCUCAGCUACGAGCAAGAUCGAUCAAUAUGUCGUCUUGAUGAAUUCUUAAUUAUCUCGAUAACGAUGAUUUCCGGCGAAAAUGUUAGAAAAUGUUUUCCUUGAAAAAUUUAAACUAAAACAGAAGCCUCUAAACUUUUCCUCCACGAAUUACUCUUUAAAAUCACGUGAUAAAUAAGAAAUGACGAACAUCUUGCUGAAUAUUCAAUUACCUCGAUAACGCGAAACUUGAGGAAAAAAAUGUUGAGUGAGUUUCUCAGGUAAAAAACUCGACAUUUUUCCCUCAAUAAAUCAAAAAUGGAAAAACAUUUAAUUUGACUUGUAAACCUAUCACAUCUGGAUAAAUAUCGAAUCGUCUCGUAUGCGUGGAAAAAGAAUGACAGAUUGCUCACGACGUAUGUCCUCACUGCCGUCAGCCAGCCUGAGUACGAAAUCCAGUGUCUCUUCCUUUCUCAGCCGUUGCAUUUUUACAUAGAAAUAUAUUUUUUUUUUAAUUUCUUUCUAGAACAAAUUGUGUAUAUUCUGUGGAUAAAUGUCGAGAACAUUAAAAUGUAUUAGAGAACACUUCAGUCUCUUUGAGGGAUAAAAAUGAAGAUAUGAAGUGGGAAAAAUAAUGUCUUGCCUUAUUAAUUGUUAAUUAAAAAUGCUAUGUAGAGGAGCACGCGUCAAGAUUUCAAACGAAAAUGAGAAAAAUGUUAGGGGAAGUACUUAUAUUAUAGCACAAAGUACCACUGUAUAAUUAAACUCUGACUUUUGUAAAUCUAUAUUUCCUUACGAUUGAAAUACCACGAAGAAAAGUUUCACAAAUAAUCGUAAUCUCUUCGACAUGUAAUGAGAUGUCCAUGCACGAAUGAAAGUAUGUUAACAUGUAAUUAAUUAGGGAUAUAUUGUUUCAAAUGAAUGGACCAAGUCGAAGGUGAUGCAUAUUUGAUCAUAAAUAUUGUAAUUUAAUGACUUCAGUGACCAUGUAGGGUAUCGAUCCAAUGAAUUUAUCCAUGAAUGAUCAAGUAUUUUUGUUUAACGAUGCCCCAUCCAGCUGUGGUGCAGAAUAUAAACUACAGUAUUUUGCAGAAUUAUUUUAUAUCAUCGAUCAUUGAAAUUAAACGAGAUGAAUAUUAUUUAAUACUAAUCCAUCAUCCCUUCAUUAAUUGUUUGAAUGGUGAUAAUUCGAGGAUUUAUUCCGAGAAUAAACGGAUAAGAUAUUCACAUAGAUUAUGACUAUUUUCAUUGUAAAUAAUCACUUAAUUUCCUAGUUUCAUGCACAAAAGACGAUAGAGUGGAAGAAAAAGAUUAAUUGACGAAUGAAAUUUGUUGAAAUAUGUUCGAUAAGUUGCACAAUCAAUAGAUCAACUUUAUCGAUGAAAAUUAGUAGAAAGAGUGAAAAAUAUAUCCACUGACUGUUGAAUAAUCACAGUAACGUUGAGAUCAGUAUUUUCAUCGAAAAUAAUUCAAUUCAAUAAAUCAUUGCACUUA